AUGUUCGGCUUUUCAAAAUAAAAAUAAUACCCAAAUACAUAAGAUCAAUUAUCAGGAAUGUUGAUAACAAAGAAUGCUCCAAUUAGAAAUUAUUCAACUUGUAAAACAAUUAUUAAUAUUAAUUCAGCUACAAGAAAUUCAAGGAUUUCUUAUUUGUCAAAAUAAUAAUACUUUUAGAAUGAUAGUGAAGAUAAAACAAUCACUAGUAGAACUUUUUCAGUAAAUGAAGUGACAGAAUUACCUUUAAUAUCAAAACCAACAAAUAUAAUCCUUAAAAGACCAAAUUUCAUUCCUAGACCAAAAUAACAAUUUAAGAAGUUAAUCCAUGUUUAAACUUCGCCUACUAAUUUUGAAUCAUAAAGAAAGUAAAAGUAGUUGAAUUAUAUAGAGUAAUUUAAAUUCCCUUUAAUUUGAAACUAUAAAUUUAAAUAUAGAAGCUGAAGAUGUUUAUAUUUUAUAUAAAGGUUUCAGAAAUUUAAGUUAAUUCAAUAAGAUAUGCAUAAUAAGUUAUAAUCUUGUAUAUUUAUAUAUAUUAUAAUAGCUAUUUGGUGAAUAUAAUAGUCAUUAUUUUAGUAACUUAUAAAAUCCUUAAAUUAAACCUUUAAACAAUAAACAUCUAAUAAUGAAAAUUAGAACUGAAUCUAUAUUAAUUUUAUAAUUGAAUCCUAAUCAGAAACUCAAUUCUUUAUAAAAUACAUAAAUUGAUUGGUUUGAUUGUAUUUAUUCAACUAGAAACUACCAUUCCAAAGAAACACUUAGUUAUGAGUUAAAUAAAAAUAAUUUAUGGAUCAAUAUCUCGAAGAUUCCAAAUCUAUUUAAAAUUCAAAAUAAAAUUAUCAAUUACUUUUAUAUUGAUAUCAUAUAUUCUGAAUCAUCAAAUAUAAUUGAAGUUGAUAAUUUUAUCAACAAGAUAUUAUUAAUUGAUGAUGAAAAUACUAAAUUAUUUCAUUUAUUUGUCAAUGCUCCAGUAAAUUUUCAAAUUGUUAAUUAAAGACUUCAAGAAAUCUUUAGAAAUAAUUAAAUUCAAGAUUUAUAAAAAAUAAAUCUGAAUGAGAUUAUUGAAAAAAUUAGUUUUGAAAUGUAAUAGAUUCAGAUAAGAAUUAAACAAUUAAAAUAUUUAAAUGAUCUUAAAAUUAAAACAAAGCAACAUUUUAAAUAAUUAAAUUUAAGUCCUUCUCCAUUUAGUCCUGAACAAAGAGCAGAAAAGUAUAUAUAAUAAAAUAUUAUUAGAAUGAGAAACUAAAUUGUUGAAUAUAUUAAAAGUAAAUCAAAUAUUAAGAUUUCUAAUAUGCAUUUUGUUGUUGGUGAUACUAUAAUGAGAAAUAUUGAAAUGUUUAGAAAUCAUGAAAAUGAUAAAUUAUACAAACAUUAAGAAACUGUACAACUAAUUGAUCAUCUUAUCAAAAAUAGUUUACCAUAAUUUUAGAAUAAUAUAAGCAAAGUAAAUUAUGCAUUCUAUUGUUUAUGA